AUGCUUCCAGAACUUAGUCAGCCUGAAACAUACGAUGAACUAUUACCAAAGCUUUCACCGGCAAUGUAUAGCGCGAGUGAAUUCAGAGAAGUAAAUAAUACAACAAUUAACACCCUGAGGUGGAAAGCUGAUAAGCCUUCUGACUUUGCUAUAAAGGGUAAUUUCAAACAUAUAUUCGAAUCAUUAGGAUGGUAUACAGAUGCGCCAAUUAGUAUAAAGGACAAAGAUGGUAAGAUUGUUACAGCUACUGGAAAUUUUGCUUGUAUUAAUAAUAGUAAACCUGAACCAAUGUUAUGUUUAGAUAUGACAUGGAUUCGAAAAGUUCAAGGUAUUCUUGAUCCAAAUAAAAAUCAAUUUCAAAUAAAGUUACAUGGGAAGACUUACACUAUCCCAACUUUUAGCAAGGCUACAGAGCUUGCUUGUGCAAAUCGAGAUCGAGAAAUUGCUAUAGAGUGUGGCAAUCAACUUUCUAAUAAAUGCUCUGUCUUGAAUAAAAACAAUAAGCAUAUACAACGUAAUCUAAAACAAUCCAAUAAAGAUAAAGAGAAACUCUCCAAGCAUGCUUUCCAGCUUAAAGAUGAGGUUAAACGAUUGCGCUCUGAGUUAAAUAAUCUAACAUUCCAGAUUACUCACAAAGAUAUUUCUCUUAAAGAAUCUAAGAUUAAGAUAAAAGAUCUCCU